AUGACUGCUUUUAAAAUUACUUGCUUCGCAGUGAGCACGAAGCGGCAGCUGGGGAUAGGAAGGGAAGCAGCUGCGGUUUGCUGCACUCGGCGAGCCACGUGCAGCACGAUCGCGCACCACAGAGAAAGGACCCGGAAGCGUUUUUGCUCUUGGUUGGUAUCAGAACUACUUAGUCGUGAGGUUUUUGACGAAAAACUUACUCGGAACGAACUCUCUAUCGCUUUCGUUGGCAUGUCGAACUCUGGGAAAAGUUUCCGCUCUCGGAAAUUGGCCACUGAACUCGGUUUCGAUAUCGUGAGCGUCGACGAGGAAAUCGAAAAGUUGUUGCAGCAGGAGCUCGGCGAUAUUCAGGGAGCGGGCACCGAUGCACUGGCAAGCUGGAUGGGAUUUCCUUUUCAUGAGACAUUUCGUGAGCGCGAGCGGCGAUAUUUACAAAUAGAGGAAGAUAUUACUUCCAAUGCGCGGCCUCGCAAGAAAACGAAUUUCGCGUUAGAUACCACAGGCAGCGUCGUGUAUCUCAGCACGGAAUGUCAGGAAAAAAUUCGUCGAGACUAUUUAAUUGUGUACCUCGAAAUUGCAGAAUCGUCCAUUGCAGAGAUGAUUGAGACUUUUUUCAAAUGCCCAAAACCUGUCGUGUGGGGCGAUAAGUAUGUCAGACUUCCCGAGGCAAACUCGGAUGAGGAGAAUCUGCGAAUGUGCUAUCCAGAACUGUUGCGCUGGAGGGCAGAACGGUAUAAGAAGCUGUCCGACAUCACUGUGCCCUCCGAUCUCGCGCGGUCAUCUCAAGUAUCCUCGGAAGCGUUUCUGGAUAUCAUGAGGUCGAAACUCCGAGCCUUCUGA